GCUGCAGCUUUUCCGGCUGGUGGGUUCUUUUGGGGAGUUAUUCUCUCAAUAGCUGCAUUAUUUCCUCCUUUCAUGAUGAAACUGCUACCAUGGGAAGAUUGGAGGAGACCCAGGAAGAGCAGAGAAGCUGACGAGGCCUGGCUGGCCUAGGAACUGUCAUGCUUGGGUUUGUAACGUUUCCCGCCGGGCUAGUGAUGCUGAGGUCUGGCCUUGGAUCCUGGGAAAAGGACGGUCCUGCUGGUGGGGGAGACAUGUCGAGUUUCUCUAAGGCACCCCAGGUGACUGUGGGGAUCAUGUUGUCAUUAUGAACACAAGGCACAUUGCAUUUUCUGGAAAUAAAUGGGAACAAAAAGUAUACUCCUCACAUACUGGUUAUCCAGGUGGAUUUAAACAAGUAACAGCUGCUCAACUUCACCAGAAGGAUCCAGUAGCAAUUGUGAAACUAGCUAUUUAUGGCAUGCUGCCAAAAAACCUUCACAGAAGAACUCUGAUGCAGAGAUUGCAUCUUUUCCCAGAUGAGGACAUACCAGAAGAUAUUCGUAAGAAUUUGGUGGAAGAGCUUCCUCAACCACGAAAAGUACCCAGACGUCUAGAUGAGUACACGCAGGAAGAAAUAGAGGCUUUCCCAAGAGUGUGGUCUCCACCUGAAGAUUAUCGCCUCUAGGAGAAUGAAAAUUGCUGGAAAGAGCAAUGAGGUGACUGAAGCUUCUUCCCGAUGAGUCUCCCGAGCUACAGGCCGAGUGAGGCAGCUGCUGCGUUUUGACAAGGAACUUGUCAUGGGCACUGAAAGCUUGUGGAGAAAGAUCAGGAGGUGAUAAUCCUUCGAUAGAUACGUUAUUUUAUAGAAUUUUUUUAUUAUGUAGUCCAGUUUGGAUGUUGUACAUGAUGAUAAGAAUAAAAUUGCUUAGUUGUUUAA